GAGGCAGCAUCAGCACAACACGUAAUAGAUGCAAGACUUCAGCGAAAAGAUUCAGCAGGCGCACGAUGAGAAGCUGGGCAGGCAUCUGGUGGCCAACAUCAACAUCGAUGCUGGCGAAACGUUGCUGGAAUAUGUGCGUUGCUGAAACUACUCCUGCUGCUCGAGGAUCCAGCCACGCGAGCUGACUGCCAGACACUCUUCGAGCGGUCCGUGAAUCUAGAGGACUAUCGCGAUGGCGAGGGCAUGUGGCAGGAACACGAGGAGCAAGUAGUGCGCCCGCUGCUGGCCAGUGGCUUGGUUGAGGCCUUGCCCACGCAGCAGUUGACAGCGGACGUGCUCCAUGCCCACUGCGUGCGCAUUGAUUGCAACGCCUUCGAAGUGACUGGUCGGGAUGGCGAGACCUUGAAAGGGGUCUUCGUCUGUGGAGCUGGCCUGCCCCACCACUGUGUUCCCAACACGGUUGUGGCCCUGGACGAGCAGUUUACCAUGAAGCUGUACGCAGCCGUACCCCUGAAUGCCGGCGAUGUUAUCUACAACUCCUACACGAAUCCCCUGAUGGGCACCAGCCAGCGAUAGCAUCAGCUGCGCCUCAGCCGCCACCUGGACUGCUCCUGC